UUUCUUUUUUUCCACUUCUUUGAUUAUUGUUUAUAUUUGGGAAAGCUGGAGGAGCAUGGUUUUGAGCCUUUUCCUGAAUCCAAGUUUUUCUAGCAUGCGAUCGUUCUGUAGACAAGGCGCUGUGUCUGGGAGUCCGCGGCGACCGUGCCCGCUGGGAGCGUCUCCCAAGUCCAGCAAAAUGUGCAACUGGUUUUAUGGAAAAAGCGAUGUGAAGUAUGGUGCCUAUUUUUUUCCUCUGUAAAAAUAAAAAGCAUGUUUCUAACUCUUUUUUUGCAUACUCUUUUUCUGAUAACAUUUUUUGUAUAGGUGGGAUUUUACGGCAGUGUUUACAAGUUUGUGGUCUUGCAAUAAAGGUGCAAACCACUGAGCAAAGACAUUAAUUUUAUAUUUUUGUGCCCUUUUUGGGAGCCGGUGAAAACAAAUUCGUUUUUUUCCUCCUGUUUUUGAUACCCAUUGAUAACAUAAAACUUUUCUUACAGCUCGUGACUGGGAUCAUUUUUAAGCAAAAUACUUUUUUCUUCCUCUAAAUUAACUAUGACUUUUGCACAUUUGACUUUUUUAAAAAACCGAGAUAAUUUUAUGAUAGAUAUCCUGAUAUCUAUAUCUAUAUUAUCCCUUAUUUCUCUCCCUUCCCUUCCCGUAAAUCAAUUUUCAAAUGAUGGCAGUGGAAGGUUUUUAUGGAAAAAAAAAAAAUGAAGUGCGGUUUGGUUUCCUUGUCAACGGAGGAUGAAGUGAACAGCUGAGCAGCUCGCAGAGAGCAGGAUUAAAACAAGGAGAGCCAAUCAUGACUGGCAAAACACAGACCAGCAAUGUCACAAAUAAGAAUGACCCCAAGUCCAUCAACUCCCGUGUUUUCAUUGGCAAUCUAAAUACGGCAAUUGUCAAGAAAGUUGACAUUGAAGCCAUUUUUUCAAAGUAUGGAAAAAUAGUUGGAUGCUCCGUUCACAAAGGGUAUGCAUUUGUACAGUACAUGAGUGAGCGACAUGCAAGAGCUGCAGUGGCUGGAGAAAAUGCCAGAGUCAUCGCAGGCCAACCACUUGAUAUCAACAUGGCAGGAGAGCCCAAACCAUACAGACCAAAACCUGGAAACAAGAGGCCCCUUUCUGCACUUUAUAGACUUGAAUCAAAGGAACCUUUCCUGUCCGUUGGUGGUUAUGUCUUUGACUAUGAUUACUACAGAGAUGAUUUCUACAAUCGGUUAUUUGAUUACCACGGGCGUGUGCCUCCACCUCCCCGUGCAGUAAUUCCACUGAAGCGCCCCAGAGUGGCAGUCACAACAACUCGCAGAGGGAAAGGAGUCUUUUCCAUGAAAGGUGGAUCGAGAUCUGCUGCCAGUGGGUCAACAGGCUCUAAAUUGAAAUCAGAUGAGUUACAGACCAUCAAGAAAGAAUUAACCCAGAUCAAAACUAAAAUUGACUCCUUGCUAGGACGCCUGGAGAAGAUUGAGAAACAGCAGAAGGCGGAGGCAGAAGCUCAGAAGAAGCAAUUGGAAGAGAGUCUAGUGCUGAUCCAAGAGGAAUCUGUGUCAGAGAAUGCAGAUCACUCUACAGAGGAGCCUGCUGAAGGAGGGCCAGAUGCCGAUGGAGAAGAGAUGACAGAUGGGAUAGAGGAGGACUUCGAUGAAGAUGGGGGUCAUGAGCUGUUUCUACAGAUAAAGUGAUCUGAAAUAAUGUAUGAUGCCAUAAAGCAGAAAAGAGAAACUGUGACAACCACCAGAAAUGUGAAAGGAGGUUUCUUUCUGGACAGCAGCAUCUUUGGUUCAAUUUAUAUAAAAACCCAAAUAAAUAUAAUGGACAGUACUGCUCAAUUUUAGAAAUUCCAUUUCUUCUAUGUUCUAAGCUGUACAAUUGUCAGGUUUUUAUGGUUUGAAUUGUAAAUGUGUUUUCCCCUUUGCUAAUUAUGUUUUUUUUUUUAGUCUUAAAAUGUGGAAGACAUUUAUGAAUGGUAAGGGAGACACACUAUAUACAAAUGUAUAUUUGUAAAAGCUAUUUUUAUGAUUAGCAUGUUUCACUGUUGAUCAUAUAUAAAGUCGGGUGAUAUUGCAAUUCUGUAUUUAAAGCUUAUUUCCAACAAUGUCAUGUAAGAAAAGAUGCAUCUUAUGCUAGUUUUUAUAAUUUAUUUUUAAUUUAUAGUUUAAAGUACUUCAGAUCAUAAUGAUAAAAUACUUGAGAAAGUUAUAUUUCUGCCCUGUAUAAGCACCCUUUUUAUUAAUAAAGAAUGCAGAUAUUUCAGAUGUGAUACAAUAGUUAAAGAACUGUUGGUUUGAUCUGUGAUUAAGUUGAGCAUGCUCCGCUCUACUGAACUAAAAUGAUCCAAUUAUUACUUCAGCCUGGGUAUGAGAUUCCAUGGACAGGUUUCAGUGUUCAUACAAGUAAGGACUAUGCCAAGGAAAAAACUGUCUUGCCCUUGGAUCCAAGUUUAAAUUAGUGCAUACAUCAUUUCAUUUCACCUCCUGUUCCUAGGAACUCUCCAUUCCCAAGCAUUGCAAGUGAUUUCCAGAUAAUCUUAGCUGUUGUCUUGUGCUGUGGAAAUGGAAGAAACCAUCUUCACAGACUGUAGGAGAAUUCAACAUAUAAUUUCUUAAUAAACACUGUUUCUUUUAAAACAAA